UAAUGAGAGCUUUGCCUACGGUCAAAUGCUAUUUGUAAUUUACACAUAUAUGCAGUUAAGAAAUUUCCAGGAGAAAAAGUGAUGACAGAGGAGCAGUUCAAUGAGUCGCCAACUACACAGGAACUCUUUGGUUCACGUGUAUUAUUUUUUUUGUUAUAUCUGAAAUUUAAACACACAAUGCUCUAAUUCAUGGAUAUGAGCCAAGGUACUUGAAACCGGAUUAGCACCCUUGAGAUGCAUCUGUUGUCGGAAUUCCACUCUGAUACUAAAAUGAAUUGCAUAGUCCUUUAAAAUUGCAAAAAAUGAGGGUUCCCCUUGUUGGUAAAUUCUUUGGACAAACCGUUCAGAAGCACAUUGUGAAAACCAAGUUACGACAUAUGAUUCUUUUUCGAGAACAACUUGGCCGAAAAUUACGAACACUAAAAAAUAAUACUCCAUGAAUUCCAGCUAUAUCUUCAAAAACAUCAAAGCAAAACAAACUGACAGAGCAAUUGGUAACCGCAUCGAGCAUCUAUAUACAGAGAGAAGGAGAGAGAUGACUAGAAUAGCUCGGGCACCAAGAACCAAGGCUUUGAACAACCUAUGCAUCAAACAGGAAGACCAACAGGGAGGGGAAUCAGCAUCUCUCAAAUGUGUCAACAGCUUAUCAAGGGAAGGACCAAAAGAAACAAGUUUUCUUGCACUCCAUUUUGAAAGGGAGAAAAACAGACUUAUUUUUCAAGAACUAGCAAUCUCAGAAUCAUUUGAGGUGAAUCCACAAUACCUUUCAGAGGGAAAAAACUGAAGCAGGUGAACCAUGAAUUUAAGAUCACCAUUAUUGAUCUCGUGCAGGAACAAGGGCACUCAAAUAAUGCAUCUUCCAAAUGAAAAGAUCAGGGAAAUGCGCAUGAUCGUCCCUACUUCCUAGCACGAGAUAACUCAACACCGCGUCAGUUGCUGCCCUCUUUGUUCUCCUCCCCAUUCGAAGUCCAACCAUAGGCAACACCCGUAAGACAAUGAGUAAUAAAUCCCACAACCCCACCUAAUAUUUGGGUCAUUUCCUUCUCCGAACAAGAGGUUGAUGUCAAACCUUAUUCAUAAUUCAUGGUUCUCUACAAAUGGGAAGCCAUGGUGAUUCUCAUAUGAGUUGGCCAAUUUAGUCACUCAUAGAUGCAGAUGUUAAUAAGCAAUGACUACUAAAAUGCUAACCAGCUAUAGAAGAAGGGAAGCGCGUCACCAACAGGCAAUCCCUCUUUGGCAUUCGAAAGGAAACAGAAACAAACAAAUAAAUAAACAGGAAGAAGAAACUAGCGCUAGUGAAUAAACCAGAAACAGCAGCUCAUUUGCCGCUGGAUCACUUUCAUGGCUCGCCGGGAGCUUAGUUGGUGCUAAUCGCUUUCUCAGCAAAGUUUGACGGGAAACCAGAGCUGAACGCACUUAAGAGCAGUGACCAGUCAGACUCGAGAGAAGGUGAGGCGAGACGGGUGGGAGCUGAGAAUGGAAGCACUUGGAGCCGAUGGGGAGCGGAGGGAGGGACCCGGCUCAACUGCAGGGAGGGAGCUCCUCCCCCACGUGGCAGGAAACCGCGCGUCACCCGUUUUAUGUGCCACGUCGGCGAGGGAGAGAAAAAUCCGGGGUCGCCCACGGCCCUAUAAACUCCGCCGUCGAGCUACGGUCGCCGGAUUAGCCUCUGAGACGUCGUCUAGAGACAGCGAGAGAGGGCGAGUCUUGCUUUUCUUCUGCAUCGUACUUUCGUCUUCUUGCUUCUCUGUUUCCCUUUUUAUUUUCCCUUGUAUCGUGGAAAAAUCGAAGUCCUCUUCGUCUUCAGGAAGACUUUGUCCCCCGGACCGCCCACCAUCAUCGUCUCCUCCAGACCAAACCAAAAUAUAUAUCGGUACAAUAGACGGAUAGAGUGGGGAUAGACGUUUUGGUCAUCUUCUGUUUGCUUUUCUUUUUUCCUUCAAGUAAGGAGGAAGAGUUACCGAUUCAUGGCUUCGUUUCCAUUAAUCUCGAAAAGGAACAAAUCUACCACGGCCACCCAGAGAAAUAGGACGGUGCGCAGCAGGCGCCUUGGAUCCGUAGAGGAAGUUCUAACAAAAUGGAGUGAGAAAAACAGACUAGCCAAUGCUUCGAAAGAUGGAAAACGGGCUCGGAGGGCACCUGCCAAAGGUUCCAAGAAAGGAUGCAUGGCUGGGAAAGGAGGCCCCGAGAACCCCACCUGCAUCUACAGAGGUGUGAGGCAGCGGACUUGGGGGAAAUGGGUAGCAGAGAUCAGGCAGCCGGAGCGCGGCAGCCGUCUUUGGCUCGGAACCUUCCCAACUGCUGUCGACGCUGCCAGGGCUUACGACAGAGCUGCAGAGGCAAUGUAUGGCCCAUCUGCUCACCUCAACCUGCGAAACUCGAGUGAACAUAAGAAAUCCUCCGCGUCUCAGAUGCAGGAACAGGAGAGCAACUUCCGGGAAAGUGGCAUAUCAUCUUGCAUGUUCUCUUCCACCCAAAAAGAGACGGCCGACAAGCUUGACUCGUCAGUGCAAUUAUGGGAGACGACCGCCACUAGCGUUUAUCUUCCACAAUCACAGAGCGCGACGGUAACAGAAGAGGCAACAAUGGUGAAUGAUCCGCACAUCCAACAGCACCACAGUGUGGAGGUGAAGACGGAGCAUGUGAACGAACCAGCAAUGCGGCUCAACAGCUACCUGGAGCCACCUGCAGGGUACACAAUGUUUAAUGUGGAGGAGCUGUUAAAUGAGUUGAUCGCAGGGGAUAACAAAGACAGUCCCUGGCUGGGGCAUGGUGAUCACGGACAAGCCGAGGUAGGCUUGGAGAGUAACCCGCAAAGCAAACAUCUGGAGUUUCCGAACCCGGCGGCAUUCUCAGCCCACCAACAGAACCUGGACAUAGAAGCAGGAUCCCCGAGCAGCCACGACUAUGGUUUGGACUACGGGAAGUAUGAUCUUCUCAAGCUGGAAAUGGAGGAUCCAGGCACCGGGCCUUUCCAACUUGACGCACCUGUUGUUCAGUUUGGCCCGGGGGAAGCCCCUGUUCCGGACUACCGUGUCGAUGACUCCAUGACAGGACUGGAAUCAACUCUUGAUCUGUCACCCUGGUUCGAAUGGCAUGACGAAGAGGUGGAUAACUUUCCGAGUAACCUCAAGGAUGCAGGCAAUUAGGUCUUUGCUUGAUUUGAGCGGAUGGCUUGAAGUCAUUCUGAGGUCAGAUUGAACGGUUCUCUAGUGACAAUGGGAUUAGAGGGAUGGUCAAGGUCUGUGGGUCUUAUGCUUGCGACCUUCUUCCGGGCCGCGGAGGUUUCGUUUUGGUAGAUAGUGUAGAAGCAGACACCUCGUGGUGUCUGGAACCUGUUGGUUUUACUUUUCUUCUGCGUCCAGUGUGAACAAGAGGUGCACGUACCCCUUUCCUAUAUAAAGAGGGGCACACGAACAGUCACUCGUUUCUCCCUUUUUUUUCUCUGAGAAACGAUACGACAUGUACAGAACUCUGAUGUAUAAGAAUUCAGUUACUAUA